AAAUUUCCUCAACACCACCACAGCCAAACACAUUUUAAAAAUACGGAGUAUUUAGAAAUUAUAGAAGCCCUAGCCUCUUCCUACAGACCUACACUGGUACACCACUUGUCUUUCCGUACACUCACCUGCUUUCUAAAUACCGUGCGUCACAUUUUUAUGCGACUGGAAGCCAGAGCCCUAGAGGAUUCGUAAUCGGACUUCCGGCGCCGCCGGAUUCUGCGUGAAGGCGUUCCCUUUAAGGUGUGAUCGCUUUACCCGGAAAUGAGCAGUAUGCAGGAUUCAGAUAAUGAUGAUGAUUUCAGUGAUAUAUACAAGGAGUAUACUGGCCCUCUUGGAUCUACUGCUGCUCCCAAGACGGAGGAAAAACCAAUAUCAAACAAAAGGCCCCAAACUGGUUCUGAUGAGGAAGAAGAGGCUCUUGACCCAAAUGCUGUUCCUACUGAUUUUACUAGCCGAGAAGCAAAGGUAUGGGAAGCUAAAUCGAAAGCAACCGAGAGAAACUGGAAGAAAAGGAAGGAGGAAGAGUUUAUUUGUAAACUAUGUGGAGAGUCAGGACACUUUACACAGGGCUGUCCUUCAACUCUUGGAGCUAAUAGGAAGUCUCAAGAUUUUUUCGAAAGAGUGCCUGCCAGAGAAAAUCACGUAAAAGCCUUGUUCACUGAGAAAGUGGUGACUCAGAUUGAGAAGGAUAUUGGAUGCAAGAUUAAAAUUGAGGAAAAAUUUAUUAUUGUUAGUGGGAAGGAUAGGUUGAUCUUGAAGAAGGGAGUGGAUGCAGUUCACAAAGUCAAAGAAGAAGGCGAGAAAAAAUCCCUUCCCAAUUCUAACGUUUCCAGAUCCAGGACACCUCCUGAGCGCAGGAGCCCAGUUAGUACUCGUUUGGUACACUCUGGUCUACAGAGAUCGAAUCAAAGCCCACAUAGAGCCUCACAGUUUGAUGUCAGACGUGCAAGACAAGAGAAGACAAUUGGUGACAGGUUUCAUGAAGAAUUGCAGAACAUUUCCAGGGGUUCUCCCCAAGCAAGAGGUAAGUUCUUCUGUCCAAGAUUUCUGUUCGAUUCUGAUGUAACUUACAUGGGGGUCUGAUAUUAAAGCUUAUAAUAGUGAUGGAGCUAGAGGACGUUCAAGCCAGUCAAGGUCUCCGGGACGGAGGUCUUUUUGGGAUCGACGUAGUCAGAGUAGGGAUGCCUACACAAAUAGUGAUGGUUGGAAUGGUGAGCCACGAGUGUCUGACAUGGAAUCUGGCCAUAAUGUUCACUACCCAGCUUUUCUGCAGACAUUGGAAGAAAUAGAACUGGAAUAUAAGAGAGAUGCUGAUGAACUCGGAAGGAUUCGGGACAAGGAAGAAGAUGAAGAGAAUCAUAAGCAUCGUGAGGCUGUCCGGCAAAUAAGGGAGAAUUACAUGAAAAAUAUGGCUUUCCUCAAAGGGACAUAUGCCAAGCAAAGGGAAGAGUUGAUUCAAAUCGAUGGCCAAAGAAGGAUGCAACCUUCUACUAGUCUUCAAAAUAUGCAUGCUUCUGGAUUCGGUCAUCCAUACAAUCAAACUGUUUAUACAGAGUAUCCAAAUCCUGCAGGAAACACACAUUAUUCUGAAUCCAUUUUGCCCACAGAUUCCAGGAGCAGGUAUCCAAAUCCCAUGGAAGGUUAUCCUCCAUCAAGGCCCCAUGAUAGCUUUGGUGAUUUUCGUCAGAGACGUAAUGAUUAUGGGAAAUCAUUUAAUCGGUUCUAAAGUCAUAGUUUGAAGUUCCCACAUGGUGAGUUGCUUUUUCCUUAUUGACAAGUAGGGUGUUCUCAAAAUUUUGGUUGUAUUUGGAGCUAGGGCAGUCUUGGGCGGGGAUUGUAUUGAAUGAUCCUUUGUUUGGAGUGGGCUCAUUGAAAGAAUUGUUUUUCUCGAUUUGUCGGGAAAUGGGUUCAUGAUCUUCUUUCUAUGUUUGAGUAGAUGAGGCGGUGUUGUGCAAACUUGUGUGUGUAGUUCUCCAACCUUUUUCUGUCUAGAUCUUAUUAGUUUAAAGUUCUAUACUACGAAAAAUUUCAGGAUCCAGUGGGGGGCAAGAGUAUGAAGGAAGAAUCUACCAGUAUGGGCAAGUGUUUUUUAUUUAUACUUGUGUACCAAUAUGAACAUUGGCUUUCUCUGGGAAAUUUGGCUGUUAAUUGACGCAGACAGUAGUACAACAUCGUUAAUUUUCAGUUUGGGGUUGUUAUGUUUGUAGUAUGACAUGAUGAUGAUGUUUUAACAUUGACAUGAAACAGUUUCAUUGUGCGUAUUGCCUUGUGUUAAUUCAUGUCCAUUUGUGAGCUUAUAA